GUGCCGCUGCCACCGUUCUGCCAAAAUGAAUAAAGAGGUAGUUUGUAUCAUGAAGGAUGCCGCGCCUCAGCUCUACUCUGCCGAUGUGUGUUGCACCUAACUGUUAUCCUUAUCAUUUGAAAAUUAGGUAACUAAAAAGUUACUUAACAGUAGUUAAUGACAAAUUAUAUUUGUUACCAACAAGUGCUUUGUUUCUAACCCAUGACAAAGUGAAUGAACCUUGUAGUAUUUAAAUUGAAACGCUGAUAUUUCAUGAACAUUCUUAAACGUGUAUUUGACAGGAUACAAGCUAGUCGUAUGACGGACAUAUCACGGGAAAAUAUACAAUAUUUUCAAUUUGUCUGUCAAAAUGUCUGUAAUUGACGACUUUUAUGUGUUCGGUGAGAAAAAUGUUAUGGUGCCAGUACAUUUGAAUUUUGGCAAAUAUGUGCUAGAUCGCCUGCGACAAAUGGAAGACAGAGUUGCAUUGAUAAAUGCAACUACAGGAGAGGAGCUGACUAUCAGACAAAUACUUCAAUAUUCCGUCAAUCUGGCCACUUCACUUACGAAGUUAGGGAUUGGAAAAGGUGACGUAAUUGCAAUAGGUACAGAAAAACGCAAUGCGUUUAUGCCAACUGUGCUAGGCGUUAUAUUUACUGGAGCUACAUGCACUCCAUAUGACGUAGAUAGUGGUAAAGCCGUGUUUCGACACAAAUUGUCUGUAGCCAAACCAACGCGCUUUAUUUGCUCUAAACUCUUCUGGGAGCGAUACGAAGAAGUGUUAAAUUCCUGUGGCUCUAUAAAAUCUUAUUUUGCGCUGGACGGCUUUCCACAAAACGCAAUUACAGUGCAAUCGCUAGUUGCAAAGGAUAUUGAUAUUGAAAGAUUUGAACCAGCGAGAGUGGUCGGACAAGUGGAUACUGCAUGGAUAUUGUACUCAUCCGGGACAACGGGGCUGCCAAAAGGCGUUCGUCUUACACAUCUGAAUUGUAUUAUGAGCAGUCUGCCGGACAAUUACAAGGAUGAGUGGAAUAUACAGACAGCUUUUAUUUUUGGGGAAUGGUAUCAUAACUACGAUACCUUUAUGACAUAUAGAUUACUAUUCUCUGGCAAGAAAGUGGUAUAUGUUAAUGAUGUAACUAUUCUAAACAUGUUGGAAUGUAUAGAAAAAUACCAGGUGAAUAUAGCUAUGAUUCUGCCGUAUCUGCUCAACCUUAUAAAUAAAGAAGAAAAUUUAGAAAAGUAUAAUUUAGAUUCUCUGAAAAUGAUAUACUCACGAUCAACUCUACUUCACAAAGAUACUAUUGAACAAGUAAAGAAAAGACUGCCUAAGCUACAAAACAUUUUGCAAGGCUAUGGGAUGACUGAAUGUGGAGAACCGACUUCAGAAAUUUGGGCAGAUGAGGGUCCGAGAGCAGGAAGUAUUGGUAAGGCGACACCGGGGAUUAUCAUUAAAAUUGUGGAUCUAAAAACCAACAAGACACUAGGCCCAAACCAAAAAGGAGAAAUUCGAUUAUCAGGUCCAAUGUUUAUGAAGGAAUAUAUAGAAAUUGACCCUUCUACAUAUCUGGAUGAAGAAGACUUUUUCAAAACUGGUGAUGUAGGAUACUAUGACGAUGACAAGUAUUUCUAUAUCGUCGACAGAAUAAAGGAUAUAAUUAAUUUUGAAGGACAUAAGAUUGCCCCAAUACAACUGGAAAAUUUAUUACAAAUGCAUCAAAAUGUUCUCGAAGCCGCUGUUAUUGGAAAACCAGACCCUGUUAGUGGAGAACUCCCAAUGGCGUUUGUAGUACUGAAGCCAGGUACAAAUAUCACAGAGCAAGAGUUGGUGGAUUAUAUAGCCGCAGAGGUGCCCGAAUAUAUGCAACUAACUGGUGGAGUGAAGCUUAUUGACAAACUGCCUAGAAGUCCCAGAGGAAAGAUUUUACGCCGAGAAUUAAGAGAAAUGUUAAAUUAAUUCUUUUAUUAAGUAAUGUUUUAUUUUGGCUGUCGUCCGUAUAUUAUUGUUAGCAUACCUAAUUAAAACUUUACUAAAAU